UCUUCUUGGAUAAAUCUAUGGGUCCAUUCUCAAUUCAAGUAGCAUGAAGGAUGUGGAGAUGCUUUUAAAAUGCAACAGAGAAAGAGUGGUAAGGGAGAAGUCAGCAAGGAUGCAGCUAGCUCUCUGGAUCCACUUAACAGCAUCCUCUACUAGUGGUCUUCCAGGAUUGUUGAGGCAGUCUCUAAAGACAAUGAAGUAGAGGUCCUUCAGACAACAGUCUCCUUUAAUUACACUACUAUGCCAUCCCAACUCAUCCCCAAAGUAGGUCUUUCCCAUGCUGAAUGAGGCAGGGUCUUGUGGAAAACAUAGUAUGUGAAUAAAAUAAGUCAUAGCAGUAGAAGACUAGAAGACAUGAGGAACACUUGCCAGUGGUUUUCGUAGAUAUUUGCUGACAGAAGAAGAAUGGUGGGCUACCAGCUGCUGAUCUGUCUGCUGACAAUAAAAACAGAUAUGCCACUUGCUCGCUGCCAUUAACAAUGACCAUGACCCUUCACACCAAAACCUCUGGAGUUACUCUGCUGCACCAGAUUCAAGGCACUGAACUGGAGACUUUGAGCAGACCUCAGCUGAAGAUUCCCCUAGAUCGAUCGCUCAGUGAGAUGUAUGUGGAGAGCAACAAGACAGGCAUUUUUAACUACCCAGAAGGCACCACUUAUGAUUUUGCCACUGCUGCUCCAGUGUACAGCUCUACUAGCCUCAGUUAUGCCCCUACUUCUGAAUCAUAUGGAUCCAGCAGUUUGGGAGGGUUUCAUUCACUGAACAAUGUCCCUCCAAGCCCAGUGGUAUUCUUACAAACUGCGCCCCAGCUCUCUCCGUUCAUUCAUCACCAUAGCCAACAAGUACCGUACUACCUUGAAAAUGAUCAAAGCGGCUUUGGAAUGAGGGAAGCUGCCCCUUCAACUUUUUACAGGCCAGGUGCAGAUAGCAGGCGUCAGAGUGGCAGGGAGAGGAUGUCCAGCAACAGUGAAAAAGCGAGCCUGUCCAUGGAAUCCACAAAGGAGACCCGGUACUGUGCUGUGUGCAAUGACUAUGCUUCAGGCUACCAUUAUGGAGUUUGGUCUUGCGAGGGCUGUAAGGCUUUCUUCAAAAGAAGCAUUCAAGGGCACAAUGACUACAUGUGUCCUGCUACUAAUCAGUGUACCAUCGACAAGAACAGGAGAAAGAGCUGCCAAGCUUGCCGACUACGAAAGUGCUAUGAAGUGGGAAUGAUGAAAGGUGGGAUCCGAAAAGACCGGAGAGGUGGGCGUAUGUUGAAACAAAAACGCCAAAGAGAGGAGCAGGAUGCCAGAAAUGGAGAAACUGCUACUGCUGAGAUGAGAACCCCCACCCUCUGGACAAGUCCACUUGUGAUUAAGCAUACUAAGAAGAAUAGUCCAGCCCUAUCCCUGACAGCAGAGCAAAUGGUCAGUGCCUUGCUGGAAGCUGAGCCUCCCAUAGUCUAUUCCGAGUAUGACCCAAACAGACCUUUCAAUGAAGCCUCUAUGAUGACCUUGUUGACAAACCUUGCAGACCGAGAACUUGUGCACAUGAUCAACUGGGCAAAGAGAGUGCCAGGUUUUGUGGAUUUAACACUCCAUGAUCAGGUCCAUCUACUGGAAUGUGCCUGGUUAGAGAUACUCAUGAUUGGCUUAGUCUGGCGUUCAAUGGAACAUCCAGGAAAGCUCUUAUUUGCACCUAAUCUAUUACUAGACAGAAAUCAAGGGAAGUGUGUAGAAGGCAUGGUGGAGAUCUUUGACAUGCUGCUGGCUACUGCUGCUCGAUUUCGUAUGAUGAAUCUCCAGGGGGAGGAAUUUGUGUGCCUUAAGUCCAUCAUUCUGCUCAAUUCUGGUGUAUAUACCUUUCUUUCCAGCACCUUGAAAUCUCUGGAAGAAAAGGACUACAUUCAUCGUGUUCUGGACAAAAUUACAGAUACUCUGAUUCACUUAAUGGCCAAGUCAGGUCUUUCUCUGCAGCAGCAACACAGGCGACUGGCUCAGCUUCUCCUCAUCCUUUCACACAUCAGGCACAUGAGCAAUAAAGGGAUGGAGCACCUGUACAACAUGAAGUGCAAAAAUGUAGUACCUCUUUAUGAUCUGUUGCUGGAGAUGCUAGAUGCUCACCGACUGCAUGCCCCAGCAGCUAGAAAUGCUGCCCAAGUAGAAGAGGAGACUCGGCUGACAACUGCAUCAGCUUCAUCGCAUUCCUUGCAGUCGUUUUACAUAAACAACAGGGAAGAUGAGAAUUUGCAAAACACAAUAUGAGAGUCCAUAUGUCAAAAAACCUGCCAUGUUCUGAGGAUCCCAACAGCAUACUACCUACUUCAUGCAUCACUUUAGCUAAAUUGCCAUGUGUAAACACUCCAGUAGGCAUUAAUCACCAGUGAUUUCCAAUCCAAGUGUUCAUUGAUCACAAGCUAAAAUUCAUUGUUAUGGAUAGCCAGCAUGGAUUGCAAAGAUAACUUAACUCUGAAAUUUGGAAUUGCCCCUAUUAACCCUGUGCAGACACUGAGAUGAGGAUUUCUGUAGCCUUUGCUGAUAUCAACCCAACAUUUCAGGCUUUCUUGACCCUUUGCUUGGAAACCAUUUGGGCAAAAGCACCAGCUGGGUUUGACUAGCAGAGGUGUUUACAUUAAAAGGUCUAUUGGCUCCACAGUGAGCUUAUAGGGAAACCUCAACGCUAGAGACUGCCUUGUUAAACAGCUCAGGUCUUGGUAGACUCCAGCCUCUCCUAUUCUUAAAGUAACAAAGAGAAUUUUUCUGGAUGUAGAAUUAUUUUUUGGAUUUAUUUUAUUGGCUGACAAGCAGAUGUUUCCCCCUUCUGCAUGACAUUGACUGUCCAGCCAGGUAUAUUUAUCCUCCCCUAUGGCCAUACUGCACUGAGUGCACUUGAUCUUCUCUGAUCUCAUAAGCUAAAUAAUUCUGAGCCUCAGUAGUACUUAGUUGAAAAACCACCUGGGAAACACAGAUGCUGUAGUCAACUGCCCUUGUGUCAGACUAGAUUAACAUAAUGGUCACUUCAAGCCUAAAAUUCUGCAUCUGAAAAAGCAUGGUUAGACUCCUCCGUACACAGUGUUUUGAUGACAGUUAGCUAAGUGAAAAUAAAAUGAUGUACCAGCAUGCUAGUGUACCAGAACUGUCCUCCCUCCCAUCACUCCCACCAAUAAGCCCGCUGUGCCAUGGAAAAGCUAUGCUAAAAUAGAGUCCAGGUCUGUAGGUUACAUACAAGCUGAGAAGUGUACCCUUCCCUUCUCCUCAAGCCUUACUGGGGUAUUCUUAGAUGACAAUUACAGCUAAACUUUAGCUCACUUGUGCCACGUGAAAGGUGCACAGAAACUGAAUCAUAUUUGGGGCGCUAUGGUAACAUACAUAUUUCAUGAGGGAAAAUAGUCCCUUUCCUUGUCUACAACUGCCUUUUAGUAUAAAUAAGGGAUAGUCUGAAUCUAAUCAGUUCUCCAAAAAAAUGCACAUUAUUCUUACUGACACUACUAGGAAUUGCAACUACUUGUGAAGGGUGAGUAAUAUAAAGGAAGGUAUACCUUCAGGCUACUGACACUGAGUGCCAUUACAAUUCAGAUUUCCAUCCGUUUUGUAGUUCUAUUUAUUGCAGUCUAUUUCAUUCUUAAGGGCAAGGGACGCAAAUACUGCAACACAGAAGAGUGGCCACAAUGGUCCACACUGGAACAUGAGCAGAAGUCCGGGGACAGCGAGAAACAACUCAGAGAAGCAUGGAGAUCUCAAGGCAUGGUACAUCUUUGUGCUGCAAGCCAAAGUCUUAAUUCUAUCCUCAGACAAGUGCAAUGUUGACUCUGAUGGGAAUUGCACAGAUAUAUCUGAGCACAAAGUUUAGUUGCAAGUUACCUCUACCUACAUUAACUUUAUUUCUAAAAAUUACUAAGAAGUUGUCCGAGUGAAAGCUGUGCUCUAAAUUUGUGAAUAAUUUAAUCUAAUCUUAACAUAACAAUCCUGUUGCUACAGAAUUAGCUUAAUUUCCAGUGGCCUUAGCUUUUUUUAAAAUUCUGAACAUGGUCAUUUGUCUUUCAGUAUGUGCAGUGAAAGCAGUGGCAAUUUUCUUUAUAUCAGUACUGAUCUGAUGUAUUAGUGCACCUCUACUUUAUUCACAUCACUGCGUAGCCCCGUUGCAUGCCUCUUCACAUAAGAUUGACUUUUUCUCACAGAAAACAAAUUUCCUUUAUAAAUAAGGUCAUCACAUAUAAGCGAAUUCACACAAAACAAAUUUGCAUAAAGAGAGACCCGAGUGUAGAGCAUUAUAUCCCAUGGUCAGCAACUGAAUGUCCCUAUGACAUAUGUGUGAAUUUUGGAGUGGAAACAAAUUAGGAAGUACAUCAAAACAUGGCCCCGAAUAUUAAAAAUAAGUUAAAAAGUAGGUACACAACAGUAUUUGGGAUUUUUUUUUUUAACCUUGACCCUUACAAUGAGGUAACUUAUUUAGUUCUAAAUGUAUCUUGUAACCAAAAAGUUGUUGGAAUCCAAAGGAAAAAAAUGUUGAAUAUACCAAAUACCACAUACAUUAGCUUGGGGCAGUUUUCAGUGCUCUGUAUCGUUAAUUUGUUCAUAAAAUUUUUCUUUAAAA